ACGGUAAGUUAUGGACUUGCCGCUAUUCUCGGAACAUACCGUGACUAGGCGUUUUUGGCUCGUUCAGUCUUGACGCUUCUGAGGUUCUCCAGUUUUCCCCAGCCCCGAGUUCUCACCCGGUCUCAUAGUCUCGAGAAGGGACUCAUGUACAAAAGUUGUCGUUUUAUUCGGGAAACGACAUUAGUUCUCCAAGAACUUGAUCAGACCCCAGUACAAGUUGGACUCGCGGUCAUAUUUAAGAUGUCGUGAUGCGAUCUUCUCGUCUGUCCAGAAAGAUGCGAUGGUGGACCUACGGUGUGCAAAUAUAUCCGGCGGCUCUUACUUACCUGUCAGGCUAUGCAAGCAAUUGACAAUCGAAGUAAAUCCUAUACUAGGGAUUAUUGCUCAAGAAUGGAUCUACUUAUAAGCUAUGUCGCGGGUUUGGGCCUUCCCGGCGUCUUCUUCCGGUUCUCCCUCUGCCCCGCUGGUUAUCUUUGCGAUGUCUGUUGGUCUGACUUACGGAGCCAUGCUCGUCGGUGGCUUGCUUGCCUUGGGCUUGUCGGGUUGCGUUAAUAUGCAAUUCAUUGUAUACUGCCGGGUAUAUUUUCGUGAGAGUUGGCGCACUAAGUCAAUGGUCAUUGUAAUCUGGCUACUCGAUCUGUCCCAUUCUGCACUUGUGAUAGUCGCCCUUUGGGAUUCCAUCAUUGCGACUUAUGGCGAUCUGAGUAAACUUGACACGAUCCCCUGGUGUAUUGGUCCCGCGAUCGAGCUUACUGCUAUCAUUACCUUCAUCGUCCAAUGCUUCUUUGCGCACCGAAUCUAUAAACUGCAAAAGAUGAAGAUAUUCACUAUAGCGAUUCCGAUUGUUGCGAUCGCUUGCGCUCGUUUAGUCAUGGCUAGCAUCACAAUGACCGAGAUGCUCAAAUUGAAAUCAUACAGCACAUACUUUCAACAUUUUAAUUGGAUCUUCACUAUGGGCCUUUUACUUUCAGCACUUGUGGAUGGCAUGAUCACACUUUCCCUUUGCUACUUCCUUCGCAAAAAUCGACCAAAGUUCACAGACACUAUGCGUAUCAUCGACACCCUGACGUUCUGGACAAUUCAGAAUGGCUCGAUGACAAGUGCUGCUACCAUCGCAACAUUGAUUUGCUGGAAAACAAUGCCUGAAAACCGCAUAUUCCUAGGUCUUCACUUCGUUGUAGCAAAAUUAUAUGCAAACUCCCUUUUAGCUACUCUCAAUGCCAGAAAGCAAAUAUGGACUGGAAAGCAAUACUCUCCUACAAACAAUCAGCCUAUGCCGAUCGUCUUCAUGGAGGACUAUCCUGAAACUUCGAUCACGCAACAGGGAUCGCUGCGGCUUGGUACUCCCCAAAUGAAAGAAGCUCACCCACGGUCGAAAUUGAUCCAAGUCAAUGUCGAACAUAUCGUGGAAUCCAAGGGUGACGAUAGUAUGGAGAUGGAUAUGACAGACAGCGCUGCAUGUAGCCCAGUCUGAUGUCCUGUAGUUUGACCGCCUUCUUGAUGACGUCCUCACGAUCAUUCACGACAUGUAUUUGGUAUUAACAUGCUACCUUACGUUGCCUGACAUAUGUCCUUCACUGUGUACUACCAAUGCUAAUGUGGAAGAACGAAUACCCUUAUUCUAUACGGUUUGACUAGGGGAAACUAAUGCGGAAGGUACCACGUACGUAUCCUCUCAUCCCUAAGGACUUGCGAGGCAUCAACCUAAUUUUCAUGACAUGCAAACCCUUGGGGUUUCAAAGACCAAUGACAUGAACCACACCCAAUAAUUAGUGCGCAUCAUUCGUAGUGUGCCGUCUUCUAUACGAGACAUGCGCAGAUAGAUUCGGUACAAUUGCCUCCCCAAAUAUGAAGUUUGGCGGACGCGAUGUCCAUUCAUCGCCGGUUCUAAUGUCGUAGGCAGGUACCAUGUGUGCAAAGAACCAUUGCCAUGUCUGCACCAUUAUUCGGUUCACGGUGCCCAAAGC